GAGUGGCCAACACAAAGUGGCCAAAAGUUAACCUCAAAUCAAAAUUAUACUUGUUUCUUGUUUUAUUUUAUUAAAUUCCUAUAUCUUAUUUUCAGUUAUAAAGCACAAUGAUAUAAAAUGAAGUUAUAAGUAAAAUUUGAGUUAUGUUUUAUUAACGUGCCAAUGAAAUUAAUGUGUUCAUAGCGUUGAUAGCCCUUUAUUUUUUAUUUUCUUCCAAGUAAAAAACAACUCUAUGAGCAGCCAAAAUUAUACCAAUGAAGCCCUUGCCGACUUACAUAAAUAUGAAUUUGAAGCAGAGGAAGCCUAUAACUCUUUCAGAGAUCUCAUAUCAGACAGUACUUCAUGUCUUUCUUUAUUAGAAUCAAAGGUUCGUAUGUGCUUAGAUAUGUGUCAACAUAUUUUAAAGAAGAGCAGUGAAUAUCAGCUUGAAUCUGUUAAAUUAAUUGAACCACUACCUGACGAACCAAGACAAAUAAAGAUUAAUAAAUUAAACAAUCAACUGCAGGAACAAAUGAUGAAAAGCAACUUAUCAAUAAGAAGAUCGUUACUGAAAUUUAGCAACCUUAUGUCACAGCAGGAACUAAUUUUUAGGCCAUAUUUUGAAUUAAAAUCAUAUUAUAAACAAAUAGAAGAAGAGGCAUCUAAAUUAGAGCACUUUAAGUCUCAAACAAAACUGUCUUAUGCUAAAGCUUUAAAUGAUUUGGAGUUUUUAUCAAAAGAAAUUGAUAAAACUAAAAUAAAAACUGAUCUUUUGGAAGAAAAAAGUUCUUGUUCCUUAAGCGAUUUACAAGACCAUAAUGAUAUCUAGUACAAUAUUUUGCAGUCUAUUUUAGUCUUUUUCUAGUCACUACUUGAAGUUUUAAUAUUAUAUACAAUUUCAGAUAUUAAUAAAAGCACUGUUGUAUUAAA